AUGGAUCCUUGUAAUGGAAUAUUCUGUCUUAUAGGAUCUCCAAAUGCAUUGAUCCCUUCUUUAAGACAGUUUCUACCUUUGCCUAAAUCCCAUCAUAGAGAGUCUCCUGGUGAUAUGAAUGAUUUCAAUGAACAUUAUGGUUUUGGUUUUGACCCUAACACUAAUGAUUAUAAACUUAUUGUGCUUAGAGAUUUUGUGUUAGAUGAUUCAGAUGAAUCUGGUAACGAAGGAGAUUAUGUUCUAGCAUUUGACAUGGUUAAUGAGUUGUUUAGAAAGAUUAAAGUGCCUAAAGUAGUGUAUUCUUUACAUGAUUGUUCUAAAACUUUGGUACCGUUUAAUGAAUCUAGGGGAUUAGAUAAUUGGUUUCACUUUGAUGUUUGGGUUAUGAAAGAUUAUUUCAAUGAAGGGUCAUGGAUUUUGCAAUAUAGUGUUGGACCUGUGCCGGUGGCUUACUAUCUCGUUGGAUUUUAUGGGAGCGAUCAGUUUCUUUGGAGAGAUGACAACGAGAGGUUGGUGUUGUACGAAGCUGUGAACGAUAAUACAAGAUAA